ACUACCAUGGUUUCCACCCCUCAGAACCGCCAGACCUUCAUCAACUCUGUCAUCAGGUUCCUGCGCCAGUAUGGAUUUGAUGGUCUGGACCUUGACUGGGAAUACCCUGGCUCCAGGGGCAGCCCAGCCCAGGACAAGGGUCUCUUCACCGUUCUGGUCAAGGAAAUGCUGGCAGCCUUCGAGCAGGAAGCCACACAGUACAACAGGGCCAGGGCUGUGCUGGGGUGACCACUCAGAGCUGGAGGAACCAUCAGCUCUGGGCCCUGAGCAGGGCAGGGCACAGACAAUGUUCUCCACAGGUACCUGGACUACAUCCACGUGAUGACCUACGACUUCCACGGCCCCUGGGACGGCUCCACCGGCGAGAACAGCCCUCUGUUCAGUGGAGGCAGCACCCUCAGCGUGGAAUAUGCCAUGAACUACUGGAGGAACAACGGUGCCCCAGCUCAGAAGCUCCUGGUUGGUUUCCCAACCUAUGGAAAGACCUUCACCCUGCAGAACCCAUCCAACACUGCCAUCGGAGCCCCAGCCUCCGGCCCUGGUCCCGCUGGCCCUUACACCAGGGAGGCUGGACUGCUGGCUUACUACGAGAUCUGCACCUUCCUGCACUCUGGAGCCACCCAGGCUUGGGAUGCCCCUGAGGAUGUGCCCUAUGCCUACAAGGGCAACGAGUGGAUUGGCUAUGACAACAUGAAGAGCUUCAGCCUCAAGGUUGACUGGCUGAAGAAGAACAACUUUGGUGGUGCCAUGGUUUGGACCAUCGACCUGGAUGACUUCACUGGCACUUUCUGCAAUGAGGGCAAAUACCCCCUGAUCUCCACCCUGAAGAGAGGCCUUGGCCUGUGAGCCAGCG